AUGCUGCGAAGGACGGGUCUUCUUGCUGCCCAGGUCCGGACCUCGAGCGGAAAGGUCAAACCAGCUCUUCGAACAUGGCCGAUGCAGUCCGUGUAUCGCAGCCUGGUCGUGAACGUUUCCGCACAGAGGCGUCACAUGGCGGACAGCCCAGCAAGGGCACAGAAGGACGCCCAGUCGAAAGGCAUGGACUACCACGGCGCCUGCCACUGCGGCGGGAUCAAAGUCCAUCUGCGGACCCAGAAGACACCAUCCGAGCUCGGGGCCAGGGCCUGCCAGUGCAGCUUCUGCAGGCUGCACGGCGGAUCGUUCACUUCUGAUGCUGCAGGCACCCUCGGCAUCGAGACUUCCGGUUCCGUCAGUCGGUAUCGCAUGGGGACAGGCACGGCGGAGUUUCUUAUCUGCACGAACUGCGGCGUUGUUCCUGCAGCAACGUGGAAACGUGACGAUGGGAAGUUGCUCAGUGUUGUGCGCGUGCAGUGCCUGGAUAUACGGGAUGAGCUUGAGAAGUACACAAAGAAGUGGAGUCUCGAGCAUGAACUGGAUAAUCCUGAAGUGCGGUUCAGUCGGCGGUCGCGCACUUGGACGCCUACGGCAGUCGAAAAGUGA